AUGGCUCAGAAGAGAGAGAUGGAGGAGACCGAGCUCAAAGUUCCUGAAACCUUGACCUUGUGCACACCGCCGAUCCCCGCCGCCUCUUCAAAGAUGUCCGCUUCAGAUGACCGUAGAUCGUCGCCGGAUAGAUCGGAUCCGAAGAGCGGUGUUAUCGUUGACUUCAGACCAAACUCCGCUGCCUCGCCGGAAAAGUUGGAUCUGCCUCAAAAACGACGAUUGGAGGUGGAUCUGUUCGAUAAGAGCGUCUGUAACAUGUUUAAGAAGCGGGAGGUGAACAGGUGCUCAGGUUGCAAGAGGAAGGUUGGACUGAUGGGGUUUAGGUGCCGUUGUGGCGAGAUGUUUUGUUCCGAGCACCGAUACUCCGAUCGACAUGACUGUAACUACGACUACAAAGCCGCCGGACGUGAGGCUAUUGCUCGCGAAAAUCCAGUUGUUAGAGCGGCGAAAAUUCUCAAGGUAUGA